AUGCUGUCCCUGCUGGGCCAGGGGCGGCCGCGCCAGGAGCUGUGCUUCCCCAAGGCGUGGCGCAGGCGGCGGCUGGGCGGCGAGGCGCCUCCGCCGCCGUCCAAGUGGUGUUCCAUCAUGUAUAGCGACAGGUACAGGCUGAUCUACGUCAAGUGCGCCAAGACGGCGGGCACCACCCUGCUGAGCUACUUCUCCGCCUGCGGCUUCCCCGCCUCCAAGGACCGCUGCCUGCGCAUGGCGGCGCUCUCCAACGCCACCGCCGUCCGCCACCUGCUCGACGUGUGGCCCGACUACUUUGUCUUCGGCUUCUCCCGCAACGUGCUGCUCCGCGCCGUCAGCCAGCACCGCUACCUGUCCACCUUCACCAAGCCCGGCUGCCCGCUGGUGCCCUGGGAGCGGUUUUGCCGAGACCCCUACGCCCCCGGCGACUACUGCGAGGCGACGCCGCGGUGCUGCGCCGCCACCGCGGAGCACCACUACCUCCACGCCUCCCCGCAGGCCAACUGCAUCACCACCGCGGACGGCGGCACCGCGCUGGACUGGCUGGGGCGCAUGGAGAGGCUAGAGGACGACUUUCGCCGCCUGCUGGCCAUCCUGAACAACCGCAGCGGCGUGCCGCGGCUGCCGACGGAGCUGACGCCCCGGUUCAAGGCCAGGGCCAGCGCCUGCAGCCCCCGCUGCCGCCGCGGGCUGGCGUGGGAGGGCGGGCCAGGGGCCGAGGACACGUGCGACAGGAUGGCGCUGUUCAGCGGCCGGCACACCCAGUGCUACGACAGCAUAACUCAGUUCUUUGCAGAGGACAUCCAGCUGCUGCACUGA